GGCCAACUCAUCUGAACGCUGUUGUCAGUUCAAAUGUGUCACUUUCUACCAGUCAGUGAAAUAAUAGGUAGAUAGCUUCACUUUAGAGUAGACAGAAGAGAAGAAAACAGUCAAAAUGAUGUUGCUGACUAUGAUCGUUCGAGUCGCCGACGGCUUGCCACUUGCUGCAUCUAUGCAAGAGGAUGAGCAGUCUGGACGAGAUUUACAGAAGUAUCAGAAUCAAGCCAAGCAGCUUUGUCGAAAACUGAAUGAACGGAGUCCUGCACGGUGUACUUUAGAAGCAGGUACCAUGUGCUUUCACUAUGCCAUUGAGAAGGGAGUGUGUUACUUGGCCUUAUGUGAAGCAGGAUUCCCCAGGAAACUGGCAUUUGCCUAUCUGGAGGAUCUUGAGGGAGAAUUCAGUGAGCAGUAUGGGAAAAAGGUCCCAUCAGUUUCGAGGCCAUACUCAUUAAUUGAAUUUGACACAUACAUACAGAAGACCAAAAAGUCUUACGUUGACAGCAGAGCACGAAGAAAUAUGGGCAACAUCAAUACAGAGUUGCAGGAUGUUCAAAGGAUUAUGGUUGCCAAUAUAGAGGAGGUUCUCCAACGUGGAGAAGCUUUGUCUGCUCUGGAUUCCAAAGCUGCCAAUCUGUCCAGUUUGUCCAAGAAGUACCGCAGCGAUGCCAAAUAUCUCAACACAAGGUCCACCUAUGCUAAAGUGGCUGCUGGUGCUGUUAUUCUCAUCACGCUCAUUGUGUAUGUACGCUUCUGGUGGCUGUGAAUGUAAAUGACAACUUCAAGCAGAAACUCUCAGGGCAUCCAACAGUUCAUUAUGGCCUUAAAGUGAUGUUUGAGAGACUAAAUAGCAUCUGAAUGAAGAAUGUGAUGUGUUCACACGUUUUCACUGUUUUAUUGUAACUUAAU